UUAACCAAAAUCAGCAAUCCAGUUUUGAUUAGAAAUUUAAAAUUAAUUGAUUGCUGUGUUCAAGUAUUUGGGGAAAAAAUAACCAAUUCCGGUCCGAACCGCCAGGUCUGCGGCAAGGUGUGCAUGGACAAGGGCAGCCUGCGGCAGCACCGCUUCAUUCACCAGGACCGGCGGUACGAGUGCGACUUCUGCAAGCGGCGCUUUGUGAUGAAAGGGGCCGUGCGCGAGCACGUGCGCACGCACCUCGAAGACCGCACUUUCAUUUGCAAGGAGUGCGGCGCCGGCUUUAAAGUGGACCGAACGUUGCGCAGCCACAUUCAGAACGUGCACAAAAACGUCAACAACGACCCGCAGACGUGCAAGCUGUGCGGAUUGGUGUUGAACAACAAGCGCUGCCUGGAGAGGCACCUCCGCACGCACUCUGGCGAGCGGCCGUACGCGUGCGAUCUGUGCGAGGCGCGCUACGGCUACCGGAACAGACUCGUUUCGCACAAGAUGUCAGUGCACAAGAUCAUGCCGCACAACUGCAAACACUGCCCCAUGGGCUUCAGAGUGCGCCGUGACCUCUUGGGGCACAGCCUUGAGGUGCACGGAAUCCACGUGUGAAAAUAAGGCUGAUCGGCCGAGAUUUUAAAACAUUUUGCCAUUGAUCUAACAGAGAUCUGUUGUAAAUAACUCGCUAUAUCGACCUGAGUGUUACGAUACUCAAGAUUUUAUCUCAGAUUUAAAAUAAAACUCCAUAGUUUCUUCAAGAAACGUAUUUAUUUUGUAUGCCUUCGUAAAAUUCUAAAACAAGCAGAAAAACAGAUUUUUUAUUUGAAAUAAAUAUUUAAAAAAUAUUAUUAAUAGAAAUUUUCGUUUUAUUACCAUAGGAAAAUUAACAAAAGGAAACGAUAAAAUGAAUAAAAAUGCUAAAACGUACCUCUAAAAGAAUUACAAAAUAAAUUUUUGUUUUUGUGGUGCAGAGGAAAUUUUUCACAGUGACUUGGAGCAAAUAAAUAUAAAGCUUUUUACAAUCAAUCCAAUUCACCAGUUGCGUAAGCUCUGGGUAUUUGAAUCCAGUAAUAGAUGACGGCAGUGGUUUCUUUCGAUUUUAAAGAUUUAAGACUCACUGCGCAUUCUAUUUCUUAAAUUUUUGCUCUUGGCGAGCUGUAAACAGAAACAAGGCCAGCCAUUCGCCGUAGAAACGUCGGAUAUGAAUUUUUUUAAAAUGGCUUGACUGAUUUUGGUUUUCAGCACAUUGGAAGGAUUUAGUCUAAAAUCAUAGUACCUAAAUAAUCGAAAGAAUGCGUUGGCGCUAUAUUUUGGCGGCUUACGCAACUUGUGAAUUAUUUCUACCAUGAAUGUUCCGAAUCAAAAUUUGGGCGAGCAGCGGUAUCAAAAUAUUAAAGGCGUUUGUGUCGGCGU